AUGACCAAUCAGACAUAUGAUCAUACUAGUCCAAAUAAUAAUAAAGUUAUAGCUUUACAAGAUAUUUCAAGUGCUUCUGAAGAAGAAUAUUCUGAUCAAGUAGAAUUAUCGUCAACAUAUGAAAAAAAAAGAAAAUAUGCUGGAAAGAAAAAAGAUGAUAAAGUAUGGAAUGAUGUUAUUAAAGAUGAUAAUUUAGGGCAGGGAUUUUAUAACGCGAAGUCUAGAAACUGUGAUAAUGCAUCCGAAAACAUAAAAAUCAAAUGGCGAGACUCUUUAGUAGAAAAACUUCAAGACCAAUAG